ACGUGACCCAGGAGGAGAGGAGAGAGCUUCCUCCGCCAAAUUACAGCGUUCGACGACGAGCCAGAGUGCGUGGAAGGUGCGUUCGGCCGGCCAGCUAGCUUCGGCGGCCUUCUUUGUCGUGGUGCUUCGCCGAUGACCCAAUGUUCCCGGCUUGGCGCAGUGCCAUGAGGACUCGGUGGAACUGCGGUGCCGUUGGCUGAUCAGGCGGCAGCCGCGGCCCAGAAUCGGCAGCGACCACCACGCAAGGAUACGGCCGGUCGGCGUCAUCGUCGUGCUCAGUGUGCCCCCACCCCCGUGCGUUGCUUCGAAACACGCGCUCUAGCCCGCGAUUGGAGAACCGGCGAACGACGACACGAUGAAGACAGCGUCGGGCGCGUUGGCUCUGCUCGGAUGCGUGCUGGCUUCGAUGCUGCAGUCAGGCACUGGUUUUCCUGGCCAGAAUACACCGCCUGUAUUCGAUUUCAAACGAGAAUGGAUUAUCAGCGAAGACGAGGAUGUCGGAAGUCGAGUGAUGACGGUGCGGACACGAGACGAAGACAAGGACGUGAUCGAGUACGGUAUCGAGCCCGCAGUCUUCCUCGAUGGAUCUAGCUACUUUCGCAUCAAUAAACGCACCGGAGAAGUCUUCCUCACGAGGUCGCUCGUUGGCCAGGCCGGCUCUGAUUACUACCUCUUUAUCACAGCCUACGAUGGUCAUCAAACGGCCAAGAUCGAGGUGUACGUCAAGGUGGUGAAGCCCAGCAGCGGGCUCGACGGGAGUGACCUGCUUGAGCCUCCACCGCGGCCCUUUCCGGGAGGGGGCCCAGGUGGGUCCCCCUCCGGCCACUUUGCCCCUCCCGCCCCUCCGCCCUCGCUGGGCCCCGGCAGGAAGCGUCCCUCCAAGGAGCCCCCGCCGCCUCAGCCUCCCAGACCUCCGGCCGGACCCACCGGCACGGGCCAGGUACGACCAGACGCGGGAGUGGAGGAUCCAGCAGACACAGAGGAGAAAGGGGGCCCUCAUGGCGGCUCACAGGGAACUUCGGGCGGCAUCGACAUGACCUCAACGGUGCUGCCCAUUGUGGCUGUAGUGGGCUUUGCACCACUCGUGGCCCUCUUCUUCUGGCUCAUGCAUCGCCGGUGCCACAGGGAUGAUAAACUGAAGCCCAAAAAGUCCAGCGACAGGCUGGAUAGCAACUUUUCGCACAACUUCGACCUUUCCCCUGCUACACUGUACAAUCCCAGAGCUCGGAGGGCUCUCUCUAACAGAUAUGAACCGGACUUCUUGAGCUCCUUGUCAGAGCACAGUAAAUGGGAAUUUCCGAGGCACCAUCUGCGGUUUAUUGGAAUCCUAGGCGAGGGCUGCUUCGGUCAAGUCUGGAAAUGUGAAGCCAUGAACAUCACUGGAUCUGAGGAGCCAGUCAUCGUUGCGGUGAAGACGCUAAAAGAAAACGCCACCGAAAAGGAAAAGAAGGAGCUUCUCAGUGAACUUGGUGUGAUGAAACUGAUCAACCCUCAUCCCAACGUUGUGACCUUGCUAGGAAGCUGCACUGACCGAGACCCCUUAUUUGUCAUCAUGGAGUUUGUACCUUUCGGCAAACUGCAAACGUACCUUCGUGAGAGCAGAGUAGAAAGGUCGUAUGGAAAUCUGCACGGAAGUAGUAAGCACCUGACAUCACGAGAUCUGACAUCUUUUGCGUACCAAGUGGCCAAGGGCAUGGAAUACCUUUCAUCCAAAGGGAUUAUACACAGAGAUCUGGCUGCGAGAAAUAUCCUUGUCGGAGAAAACAAAACAUGCAAAGUUGCAGAUUUUGGAUUUGCUAGAGACGUCAUCACCAGCCAUGUUUACGAAAGGAAAUCGGAGGGGCGCUUGCCGAUUCGGUGGAUGGCACCGGAAUCGCUUUAUGACAAUAUCUUCACGACGAAGACUGACGUUUGGUCUUUCGGAAUACUCAUGUGGGAGAUUGUCACACUCGGCUCUACACCAUACCCUGGACUGGCCGCUGCCGAGGUGAUGCGACGCGUCCGCGACGGCUACCGCCUUGAGAAGCCUGAGCACUGCAAGCGAGAAAUGUACAACAUAAUGUACUAUUGCUGGGACCCGGAUCCCAACGAGCGACCUUCGUUCAGCGAACUUACUUGCCUCCUUGACAAGCUCCUUGUCAGUGAGAAUGACUACAUUGAACUGGACCGCUUCCCUGACCACUCGUACUACAACAUCACGAACCUCUCCGGUGAAAAGCUUUAAUUGCGUCAUUGGAAGCCGACGGGAUGGCACACUGGUCGUCCGAGGACGUGCGCCGUUGGCGAAGCGGACAGAGAGGGAAGACGCAGGUGAUAGCAAUGGUGGCGAAAAUCGGCGUUCGCCCUGGUGUCCUUCCGAUUACGUUCCCCGUGUUCAUCACGCGGUUAAGCGCAUGUUGAUGUUUGGACUGUGGUAUCUGCAUUGUCAUGCCGGCGGGCGGCAGCUUCACUCACGAGAAGACACGGCUCAGUGCUUCCAGCCAGAACACUUGUAUAAUGCGUGUGGUAUUUUAUUUUUGUGCGUCCGGAAUGGCCGAUUGCUUGCAAGAAUGUGUCAGUGGCGUCAACUGAGAAGUGCGCUGUGAAAUCGAGAACUUUGGUGUGCUACGAUGGCCAGCUUGAUCAUCCGUAGAACUGUACCACUAGAGUGCUCUGGGAUGAUACUCCGGUGUGGGUCUGGUACGGUGCGAAUGUCCUGGAUAGACCGCCAAAGAACUCUGUGCAGAGACAAUACAAAACACGAGCCACCGCGGAGCUAUGUGGCUCGUAGUAACUUGUGGCGUUGACAGGGACCAGCCUGAAAUUACGAGCCAUAUGUGUGCAUGAGGGUUAUGCAUGCCCUUGCUCAUCACUCAUCUCAGGGGAUGCACUGCUGCGCUUGCCGUGCCUUGGGGGUCAUAAAGAAUGCGCUUUUCAGGUACCGGUAGCCUUCAAUGAAAGCUUAAGAGGCUUGCGUUCCGUUUGUUGUUCAGGCACGAGGCGCAAAUUCUCGUUGCUUUUGUUGGAUAUGCCUGGGACUUGAAGCAGCUGCAGUGCACUUGUAUUUUAAUGUAUCAUAAGAGAAAGUUAUUUUUAUUUUGUUUAUGUAAGCACGUUCUCCGCUUGCAUCUUAGGUGUCUUAUCUCAGCGACACUGUUCUAUAAAAAAAUUAAAAAAUAAAGCCCGCUGUUAAGGCAAGUGAGUUCUUCGCGCGAGCGUGGCAAUUGAGUUGAGAUCGAGCCAGCGGCCAUUUCAGCCUCGCAAGGAAAGCAGAGUUCAUGGUUACGAGUAGGUCAUGAUUGCAACAGCUCGACAACACAGCACAAGAGAUCUGUUUCGGGCUAUUCCAGUCAUGAAUCAGUACAACUCGCUAGGUUAUGAAUGAGGAGAACGAGUUUCAGAAUAUGCGCAAAGCGGAUACAGGAUAGCGUAACUGCGCGUACAAAUAUUAUACACUCCGCCUUUCACUGCCUCAAUCCUCCUGUGGGAGGUCACUCUCACCUGCGACGAUCCCUGUCCAGAACUUGAGAGGAACGUAAGAUUUUGUCCAAAUUUGAAAUUAGCUUCACGAAAAAACUACUUCUAGAACAUUCCUGAUUCCUGAAUUAGCUGCUCAUAUUGCUUUACAAACAUGCUGUGAUUAGCUGAAACACGCACACAGGUACAGAAACGCAUUAAUGCGCAGAAUAUAGUAUAUUUACAUAAACGCACAAACAUUCGUAAUUUCGCACGGUAAAAAUUCACUUUCUGGGUCUUCUUUUCUCCUUCUUAAAAAUAUCCAGACAGUUUUACAACAACCUACCUUUUAAGAACUAAAAAUAGAAAAAAAAAGAAGCCCAAGUGUAGAAUAAACGCUUCACUUACAUGCACGCGUGAAAGCAAGCUAGUUUGGCAGAGAAAAAAAUAUACCUUUAUUCGAGGGCACUGAAUAAACGGGUUCGUUGUUUCGCUUAGUGUUUGUUUGUGUUCAGAGAAAUAAAUAAAAAUAUGAGUUUAGCUCUUAAGACAGCACUGAAACAAAAGCAAACACUGAAUUUUCACAUAUUUAUGAGAGGUGCGAAAUAUGGACUGCAUGCUGAAAUGACUUCAUUUCAUCUUUUGUACAGUAGUAACGAGAUUAUAUGCUCUUACAUAUGUGCUUUACUGAUAUUGCAGUGAUGUGUUGAAUGUAUUACAAAAAUAAUUAAUUAUUUGUCAACACAAAUCGCAAAUAAAUUACUAUGUACAAGAAA